AUGUUGUUGUUUACACUGUUCGUCACGGUAAUAGUAUAUUUCAUACUGAAUUACAUAAGGUUAUUGAAUUAUUGGAAAAACAAAAAUGUGAAGUUUAUAACGCCAGUGCCAUUUUUGGGAAAUUUUACCAAAAAUGCCUUGCAGUUAGAAUCUUUGUCCGACCUCAUUAUGAGGAUGUAUAAAAGCUUUCCAGGGGAAAGAUACAUAGGAGCUUUUCAAUUCUCAUCCCCAAUAUUGGUAAUUAGAGAUUUGGAAUUAAUUAAGAAAGUGCUAAUUAAAGACUUCGAUCAUUUUGUGGAUCACCAUAUUCUCUUUAAACCCGAUGUAGAUCCUUUGUGGGGCAAAAAUUUAUUCUCUAGCGAAGGAGAACGAUGGAGGGAUUUGAGACAGACUUUAAGUCCUGUUUUCACUAGCAGUAAAAUGAAAUCCAUGUAUAUCCUUAUGAGGGAAUGUUCUCAGCAAUUCGUAGACUACGUAAAAGGACUUGACCAAAAAUGUGUACAAUUUGAGGCACGGGAAGUCUUAUCCAAAUUUACCAUAGACGUAAUUGGCACCACUGCGUUCGGUAUUCAGUGUAAUUCAUUUUUUGAUGACCAGUUCUUGAAAUAUGGUAGGGAGAUGACCGAUUUUAGUGGGAUACGGAAACUGCUCUUUUUGCUUACCGGAGUUCCUUCCUUUGUAUUAAAAAUGUUAAAUGUAAAAUUGAUUAGAGACAAUGUGGGAAACUUUUUCCGUAACAUAAUCUCGCAAACCAUCGAAUACAGAGAAAAACACAAUAUCAUCAGACCCGAUUUUAUACACCUUUUAAUGGAGGCACGCAAAGGAAAACUUAAAUUCGAAGAAGGGAAUGAAACAAGUGGUGGUUUUUCAGUUACGACAGAAUCGGAGAUCGGACAAAGAAAAAUUGCGAAAAAAAUUGAGUUAUCCGACGAAGAUAUAACGUCACAAGCACUGAUUUUCAUUUUCGGUGGAUUUGACACGACAUCCAUAUUGUUGAGUUUUAUGACCUAUGAGUUAUGUGUGAAUCAGGACAUACAAGAUAAGUUAAGAAAUGAAAUGUUUAAUAAUGUCGAGAACGUCAACGAAGUUACGUAUGAGGAACUGCAGGGAUUGAAAUAUCUCGAUAUGGUGGUGUCAGAGACACUGAGGAAAUGGAAUAUUGCUACUAUAAUCGAAAGAAAAUGCACAAAAGAGUAUACCAUUCCUGCACAACUACCACACGAAACAGACGUGAUUAUUGGAGAAGGAACAAGUAUUUGGGUUCCCGCAUUUGCUAUGCACAGAGAUCCUCAAUAUUAUCCAAAUCCGGAUAAAUUCGAUCCAGAAAGGUUUAACGAUGAGAAUAAAUCGAAAAUCAAUUCACUGACUUACGUACCAUUUGGUCUUGGACCCAGAAAUUGUAUAGGUUCCAGAUACGCCCUUCUGACUUCCAAAAUACUGUUCUUCUAUAUAUUAACCAAUUUUAAGAUAAUACCAAACGAAAAAACAGUUAUACCUCUGGUUCUGUCAAAGACCCAAUUGACUCUGAGUUCACAAGAUGGAGUUUGGUUUAAUUUAGAAAAAUUGAGUAAAUAAAUAAUAUCUGUAUAUUAAAAUAUAAUUUAUUACGAACAAUA